GCAGACAUGACAGCGGUGGGGGAGCUGCUGCUGGUGCUGGGUUUACUGGUGAGCGCUCACUGUGAGGUGAGGGCACGAGACCCUGAGGUGGAGGAGGAGGAGGAGCUGGGAGGAAGAGCAGGAGGAGGCGGGGGAGGAGGAAUGAGAGUGGGUUUUCACCAGGAGGCCACGGAGACCCCCCCACUGGGAGAGAGAGGGAACCUACCAGCCCAAACCGGGAACUGGUGUGCGUUUGUGCAGAAGAGUGUGGUAACAACAACUGUGGCGUGUGGAACAGAGAAGUACACCAUCAAGUCUCAGAGUCCCUGUCCGAGCGGGAUCCCCGACUGUCAGCUGGUCAUGUACAAGCUGUCCACCCGACCUCUCUACACACAGAAGCAGAAGGUCAUCACCUCUCUGCAGUGGCGUUGCUGUCCGGGACACGUCGGACACAACUGUGAGGAGACAGUCCCUGUUGCUCGUCUGGAUUCUGGAGGCUCGGGUCCGACCGGAGAAUCUGAAACAGAGAGAGUCAAGCUCGACGCUCCAGACGUGCCGCUCCAGCUCGGCGACCCGAACCGCGAACAGAACGACCACCAGGCUUCUCUCGCCGAGCUGCACGGCGCCAGCGAUACAGACAACCAACCCAACACCACGCACACCGCCCCGGAGCUAGGCCACGCCCACAACACCCAUCACACGUCACACCACGACGAAAACACGUACGACCACCGACACCAAGAUGAACGACAUCAGAAUCAUCACCAACACAACCAACAUCACCAGCAUCACCAAGAGCAGCGUCACUUUCCUGAAGCCCCUGCUGUCCUUCCCGUUCCCCACAUGAUGGCGCUGGUCAUGUCCCAGCUGCAGCCGCUCCUGCAGGGCUUCAACCGCUCGCUGGAGCACCUGAGCCGACAGGUGGGGGACCUGGCCCGAGACGUGGCCCAGCUGAAGAGCAGCCAGCAGGGGGCGGAGCUGCAGGCGGGGGUCCUGGAGGGGCCCAGGCAUGACGAGGCGGCGGACGAGCGCCUGGAGGCCAAGCUGGACGAGGUUUCUGAGCACAUCAGGGAGGUUCGGGAUCAGCUGGCCGGUCAGCGGGCGGACAUGGAGAACAGGCUGCACUCCCAGCAUGCAAUGCUGCACUACAACCUCACCUGCUUUAAGACGGAAAUCGACUUGAAGCUGAAACGCCAACAGAAGACGCUGCAGGUCAGCCUGCAGGCGAUGAACGCCACGCUGUCGGAGCUGAAGGUCGACCAGGAUCAGAUCACAGAGACGCCGCUGGACGAUCAGCUCCCUCGUCCCUCCCUGGAACCCCCCCGACCGCCGCCCUCAGACUCCUCCUCUCUGUGGAAGGCCAUCGAGAAACUGGACAACGUGGUGGUCAACAACACGGUGAAGGUGACUGGGCUGAUGGAGGACGUGGACGUGACCUCGGGGGGCGUCCAGCGGCUGAGGCUGGACUUCACGCGGCUGGAGAAGCUGAUCAACCAGACGGCCCGAAAAACUCAGAUCCUGUUCAUGGAGACGGGGCUGGAGGUGGACGCGGCCAAGGUGGGGGUGCUGAGGCGGGUGGAGGAGCUGGCGGCGAACGUGACUAAGCAGGGUGUCCAGCAGCUGGAGGUGGAAUCGGAAAUAGACGAGCUGUACAAAGAAAUAAACAAGAUCCAGGCAGCAGGAAACUGCGACUGCAACGAGCUGACGGCCGCCGUGGCUCGGCUGGAACGGAGGGUGGCCAACGUGACGGCGCUGGCUAACGAGAACAAAAUGGCUCUGGACGAGAACAACGAGGGAGUGGUGAUGCAGUGGGGCGGGGCCAGCAACUGGGAGCCGGCGGUGGCAGCAAUUCAACAUGACCUCCAACAGGUGAAGGAGUCUCUGGUCUCGGAGGAGAGCAGGACCAGGACUCUGGACGACACCCUGACCCAGAUGAACAGCUCGCUGACGGACGUCCAUGCCGAGGUCAACGGUCUGAAGGAGCAGGAAAAGAAGCUGAAGGAGGCGAUGCACCAUCUGUCGAGCUCCUUCAACUCUCUGCUCAAAGACGCCAUUCGGCACAGCGACGUGCUGGAGCUGCUGCUGGGGGAGGAGGUGCUGGAGUUCCUGGAGUGGCCCCUCCAGGACCAGGAUACCAACUCCAUCCCGGCCCUAAAGAAUCAGAUGAGGCUCAUGCAGGAGGAGCUGAGCAGUCACAACCUGAGCAUCACGUCGCUGCUCAGCGGCUGGACAGGAGGUGGAGAGGAGGUGCCGUCUGCUGACCAGCCCUCCUCCUCACACCUUCUCCCUGACCACUGGCCUCUUGGUGACAUGAGAAGGAACGACGCUGGAGAAGCGGCCAGGGAGCGACAGCUUCUCCUCCAACCCGUUGGGAGGCGUCCGGAGCUGGGAGGAGACGGCAGCGAUCUGUGGAACCUGGAGAAAACGGUGGAGGAGCUGGACCUGAAGGUGCAGCAGCUGGAGGAGAAACCCUGUCCCUGCCCCAUCACCUCCACCCAGAGGGAGGUGCAGCCCGGGGGUGAGGACGCCAAGCUGCAGGCGGAGGUGACGUGGCUGAAGAGAGGCCUGGAGGAGCACCUCAGGGUGUUCAAGAACGUGUUCAGCAACGCAGACGUGCUGGUGGGAUCCGAGGCCACGCUGGAGCUCGACAAACUGCUGCAGCUCGUGAAGAACCGAGACCAGAAGAAAGAGAACAGGAAGAAAGGGGGAAGAAGAAAGGAGGGAUCAGGAAGAAACAAGAGGGAUUCAUCAGGUGUUCCUGUGCUGUCCGACCAAUCAGAAGACUCCCUGAUGUUUGUGGGUGGAUCUCCCUUGAGCCUCGCUGACGGCGUCAUCACAUUCGAUGCGUCUCUGAACCGGGGUCAGUUUGACCCAGACGCCGGCACCUUCACGGCUCCAGUGGGCGGGCUCUACCUGUUCAUCCUCACCUUGGACCUGAGGCCUGGCCCCGCCCACGUGGUCCUGCGUAGGGCGUCGGGUGGAGCUCCGGCGUCUCUUCACCGACGGGCGGUGGCAGAGGCGGGGCCUGCUACGGGUGUGAGCCUCCUGCUGCUGAGGGAGGGGGAGGAGGUGAGGCUUGAACUGAGGGGAGGAGCGUGGGCGGAGUCAAAGGACAAUGUGUUCACUGGGUUGCUGCUCCAAAGGACCACCUGAGGGCGCUGUGGCGAUCCGAUAACUGAUGGAGGAAUUUGAUAAAAAAAACAUUUUGUUCGGUGUUUCCUGAUGGUUACGCUUCACUCUGAUUGGCUGAUUUGCUGCCGACGCUGCUCGCUCACUUCUACCAGAGGUUCUAAAGAAGUGACGUCAGAUCAGCUGAUUCUCUCUGAGGAAAAAAAAACACUUGUGUCUACUUCAGCGUCUGGAGAACUGAGCUGAGCUUCAUUUAUCAAAGAGGAAUUCUGAUCUGAAAUCUACGUCAAGAAGUUUUGUUGAAUCCCUUCUUAGGAAAAAUAUAGUUUUUUUUAAAGGGAAUUUAUAUUUUAACAUUUUACAUGAGAGGAAAAUAUUUGUUAUGUAAGUCACGAGUGUGUGAUAUUUGUUAAGUGCCAAUAUUAUUCUGUAAAAACAUACAGAGCAUUAUAUAUUUAUAUAAACCAACAGCUGAGCCGGAUUUGUGUGGAGAUGAGAUGGAAAUGGUGUUUUCAAAAUGAGAAGAUGUGUCACAAAAUAAAAAAAGUUUUAUCAACAAACGA